AUGAUCGCCAACAAGCUCACCAUCCUUACCGCUACCGCCGCUCUUCUUGAGCCGGCUCUUGCCCUCGGCCACCGUCACGCCCACCAGCAGCACGCCCAGAAGCGUGGCGACUGGAUCACCGCUACCAUUGACGGUCAGGUUGUCUCUUGGGAGAACAACUACUUCGGUGGUGCUGCUCCUGCUGCUACUCAGCCCGCUGCUUCCCAGCCCGAGGCUCCUGCCGCUCCCGCUCCUGUUGCCCCUCAGCCUACUACCAUCAUCAAGGUCGCCAAGCCCUCCCAGGCCGCUAAGCCCGCCUCCAAGCCCGCUGCUGAGCAGAAGGAGUCCCAGAAGGCUGCUGCUGCCCCCAAGAAGGCUGUCUUCAAGGAGCAGGCUGUCAAGGCUCAGGCCACCACCCCCAAGAAGACCAAGACCAGCUCCAGCUCUUCUUCUGGUGGCUCCGUUGGCUUCUCCCACAAGCGAGGUGUCUGCUACAACGAUGUUGAUCUUGCCAACACCUUCGCCGGUGAGUGUGAGAACUGUGGUUGGGGUUACAACUGGGACUCCGACUCCGGCGGUCUCAAGGGCCUCAACUUCAUUCCUACCCUCUGGAAUGACCAGCCUCUCCAUACCGACCGCUUCGGUGCCAACUGUGCUAAGGCUCUCGAGAACGGUGCCAAGGCCAUCUUCAGCUUCAACGAGCCUGACAACAAGGGCCAGGCUGACAUGACCCCCGCUGCGGCUGCCGCGGCCCACGUCAAGUGGAUGAACCCUUACUCUGGCAAGGCUCUGAUCGGUGCUCCUUCCAUCAGCAACAGCGGUCUCGCUAUGGAGGGUGUUGAAUGGCUCACCAACUUUGUCUCCGAGUGUGAGAGCGCGGGUUGCAAGUACGACUUCUGCAACGUCCACUGGUACUCCGAGGUCCAGUACGGCGAGACUCUCUUUGACCACCUCGAGGCCUCACACAAGGCCUGUGGUGGCAAGCCCAUCUGGCUCACCGAGUUCGCCCCUACUGGCUCUGACGAUGAGAUCGCCAAGUGGCUCAAGGAGGCCAUCCCUCGCCUGGAGGCCCUCGACUACCUUGAUGCUUACUCCUACUUCAAGGUCGAGACUGGCAUGCUCAUGACCGGUCCUUCCGAGCUCAGCACCUACGGCAGCGUCUACGCCUCCGCUUAA